CCGCCACUGUUGUAUUAUAUUUUCUAUAUUUUUUUAAUGAAUAUUUUUUCAUUAUUCGUAGUUUUAUAUUAAAAUUGUGGAUUAUAUAUCAACGCAUGUUCAAGCGUAUGUUUGGAGUAUCAAAUUUGUUGAAGUCUUCAUUCCUCUAAGGUACAGACAGUUUCCUUUGAGGUUCUGUAUUCUUUGAGAUUGCAAUGUUGUGAAGAAUAAGAACAGAAGAAUGACCAUCUAUGAACGUUUUGAAGAGGAUUCAAGAAUAGAACUCUUACAUGAUCAAUUGGAUUUUAAUACGAAGUCUUUAUAGAAAAAUCUAAGCAAUCUUUUGAUGGUACGAAAGAAAUGAGUUUUAGCAAAUAACGUGGCUGUCUUCGUGUAUAAGAAGAUUACUGACUCAUAGAGAGAGAUCAAGAUAGAGGAUACCGAUAGCAUGGGAUGUCGAACGGCGAUUUGGUGUGUGCACCGUUAGAACACCCUGUAGUCCGUAUGCGACGUUACUCGCUUUAUCCUCAUUUAGCUCAUGGUAUGGAAUCGUGUGUUCCUGAAAACGAAGAAGAUGUUUGUCUGACUAACGGUCGUUUGAGUUUCGCGAACCCGAAUUACCAUUUAGAUCCAGCACGAUUGGAAGAAGGUUUGAAUUCUAGUUCGGAAGAAGAACGUCGCAUGUACCAAGAGUGGUUUUUGAGGGAAUUAGAAGAGGCGUGCUCUCUGACCAAUAAAAGUAACUCGAGAAAAAAACCUGAAAGUCGUCUGAGUUACGCCUCUUUGGAUAUUAGCGAUAUGGGUGUCGAUCUGAAUGCUGGACCGGUCAUUAACGUCGAUGUUAAUACCAACAGUUGCAACAAAUUCGCAGAUAUACAAAAAAACAGAACCAUUUUGGAAAAUGUGAACCUUCGCUACAAUAAUUCAAACAAGAAGAAUAUUAAUAAUCGAAUGGGUCGUAGAUCACUCGAUUUAACUAAUCAGACCACCACUAUCACAAAUUGGACCUGUAAUAAGCCCGAUUUAAUUGAGAAUACAGAGAGUAAUGCCAACAACGAAAAAGAAAACACUUACGAAAAACCUACCCCUCCGUCUACAUUGCCAUUGAACAAACAAACCGUUUACAAUAAUACCAACUCCAUUCCUCACAUUACCGGCCAACUAAACGAUGACAUCUACGCUGUACCUGUAAAAACGCGUAACAAAUCUAGUCCACCGCAGGAUGAAGGUACCAGUUCCUCAUCUUUGGAGUCAUCCACCGAGUCAUCGAAUAAUUCACCGCAGGAAAAUUUACCACCAGGAUGGGAACGUCACGAAGAUAAUGAUGGUCCGUAUUACUGGCAUAUCAAAAGCGGUAUCAUACAAAGGGAACCACCUACAUCAGCCAUUUGCGGAGAAACCAACGAACAACUAAAAGAUAUCGAUGCUGUCUUAUCUAGUCUACAAAAUUUAGAAGUUAGUGCACCUCAACCGGUAACCCGGAGCAGGACGAUGAACGAAAUGUCAGAUAUUCAAGAGAAAAGAAAGAAGGAAGAAUUAUUUUUGAAGAGACGAAGUUACCCAGCUAAUUUCGAUUCCGAGUAUAAAGAAAAAGGAGUCAGAUUCGCCGUACGAUCAUUGGGCUGGGUGGAAAUUUCUGAAGAAGAUCUUACACCGGAACGUAGCAGCAAAGCUGUAAAUAAAUGCAUAGUGGAUUUAUCCCUCGGUAUAAACAGUAUUAUGGAUGCAGUUGGUCGUUGGGGAGAUGGCAAAGAUUUAUUUAUGGAUUUGGACGAAGGUUCGUUGAAAUUAAUAGAUCCGGAAAAUCUUACUGUAUUGAAUACGCAACCUAUUCAUACGAUUAGAGUUUGGGGUGUAGGACGAGAUAACGGCAGAGAAAGAGAUUUUGCUUACGUUGCAAGAGAUCGAACUACCAGAAAACACAUGUGCCAUGUAUUCCGUUGUGACAUUCCAGCCAGAACAAUCGCUAAUACUCUGAGAGAUAUUUGCAAAAAAAUAAUGAUCGAAAGAAGUUUACAGCAAAAUCUAACUAAAACUUUUGAUAUAAAUGGAAGUUGUAAACAAAAUUCUGGAGCCGUUAGACCUACAAAUUUGCCAACAGAAUACCGGAGAAAUCAUCACCGAAAUAAUUAUACGGCGAUAUCUCAAUCAUUUCCAACUCCGAUGGAGGAACCAAAGAAAGUUCUAAAAGCUCUAUACUUGGGAUCUCUUCAAGUGAAUAAAGCUUCGGGAAUGGAUGUUUUAAACGAUGCCAUUGAUUGUCUAGUCAACAAAAAACCACAAAAUGAGUGGGAGCCGGUGAAUGUGGCCGUGGCUCCUUCGACAAUUACCAUAUCGGAUUUGGAAGAUGACAAAGUCAUCAUCGAGUGUCGAGUGAGAUAUCUAUCCUUCUUAGGAAUUGGCAAAGAAGUAAAACAUUGCGCAUUCAUAAUGCAUACAGCACAAGAUCAAUUCGUGGCGCACGUGUUUCACUGCGAACCUUCAUCGGGUUCUCUUUGUAAGACUAUCGAAGCGGCCUGUAAAUUACGAUAUCAAAAAUGCCUGGAUGCUCAUCCAGCCGGAUUAACCAAAAGCCAAAGUACAGGAAACGUUACUCCUAAUAAAAGUCUCGGUGCCACUUUGAAAUCAUUUGUUGGUUCUUUAACGGGUAGAAAGCCGAAUACAAACUCCUGAGAAGAAUUGACAACUCCGCUUGAUAACUCGGUGGCAGAUCUCGCGGAGCGUGAAAUAAUACCGCAUCGACAUUUACAAUCUCCGUUAACGCCAAGGUUUUUCUCAGCAGGGGAAUUAAUGUCUACUAGCUUACAGACACCGCUUUCACCUACAUUAGAUGAAUGAAGUUGAGCGGGAACUUUCUUACGACUGAUUUGAAAUUUUCAGUUCGUGUCUCUUAGUCGCUAUUUUGCAAGCUUUUGUGUAAAUUGGUAUCCUUGAUGUGUAUGUAGAUUAUUUAAUAAGUUUUUAUUUACGCAAUUCAUUUUGUACUCUUCUUAUUUAUGUAUUAGAUUUCAUCGAUGUUUAUACAUACAUUAUAUAAUACAUAUGCAUUAUUAUACCCAUUACGUGAAAUACUCAAUGAUUUAUUCUACAUAAACGAAAAUAGUAAAUAUCGAAUAGCUAAAAAAAAAAAAAAAAAAAAACACUGAAAAACUUCUAAUACUGGAAAUUUUUCAAGCACCAUGUAAUUAAUAAAAUGAAAUUAUCGAUUGUGUGUCAAGAGAGUUGUGUUUGCCUUUAAAUUAUUAACGAAAUAUUGACUGAAUUUACGUUACGAUACGUUUCAGUUUAAAAUUAAAUUUAAAUUUUUAUCCAAAUAUUUUUGUACCAUUGCUUAACAUAGUUUGAAAAAUAUAUUCUUUCAAAUAUGUA